AUGGGUGUCUUGGCCCGUCUUGCAGUACAAAGGCGACCUUUGGGUCGAAAAAAUCAAAAACUAGCAAAUGAUGGAAUUAGAUUGGAUGAGACCGAAGAAGGAGGUAUAACUGCUUAUGCCUUAGCGCAAUCCUCCCUUGUUGCGCAUGUUAAGGCUAAGCAAGACGAAGAUCCAUACUUAGUGAAAUUAAAAGAAGGAGACAACAUUGGUAUGGCUCCUUAUGAAGCGUUGUAUGGGCGAAGAUGUAGGUCUCUACUGGGUUUGUUUGAACCAACAGAGGUGUCAUUGAUUGGUCCAGAGUUUGUUUGUGAGGCCUUAGAGAAAGUCCAGCUAAUUAGGGAAAGACUAAAAGCGGCUCAGAGUCGUCAAAAAUCCUAUUCCGACAAGAGGCAUCGUGAGUUAGAGUUCAUGGUUAGUGAUAAGUUGUGGUAUUUGUGA